AUGUCCCAGUGUGGUGAUAAGGUGACGAAAGGAGUGACGCGCGGGCGUUUCAUCGCUCAUCAUUGCUCCUGGGAAGGUCUGAGAUUAGGUCCCGACCGCUUGGGCGGUCUGCAUCCUCUAGCUGGGGAACGAUGCAAACCGUCGUGGUACCGUACCAGAAACUCCCUCGGUGUCAAUCGCCCUGAGCACAAGACGGUUUCCCACCGUUGGGGAACUUGA